AUGAAUCUAUUAAAAUCUAUUGUACAACCAGCACGUAUUCAAUUAUUUACGGUUCCUCAACGGACAUUAUUUGAUGUUCAAAACGUAUGGGGUCGUACAGCUGUUGAUACACAAAAACCAAUUGAUUCAACUCCAUUAAGCGAAAUACCGCGACAAGAUGAAUCCAUGGGUGUUUUAUCAGGUGUACCACGAGAUAUAAUUAAAGAGCGACGUUGUCGUAUAUUUGUACCUGCUCGUAAUGCUAUGCAAUCAGGUACACAUAAUACACGAAAAUGGAGAGUUGAAUGGAAUACAAAAGAACGUUGGGAAAAUCCCUUAAUGGGUUGGGCAUCAUCUUCUGAUCCACAUUCAUCACUUUCGGUUGAAUUUGGUUGUAAAGAAGAUGCUAUGAUUUAUUGUGAACGUAUGGGUUAUAGAUAUGAAGUUGUUGAACCACCCUCACAUGGUCAUUACAAGAAAUCAUAUGGAGCAAAUUUUUCAUGGAACAAAAAAACUCGUGUAUCAACCAAAUAA